CAUCUACAACAACCAUGACAACCACAAUGACGCCAGAGAUAAGUGAAACACCAACAAUGUCUUCAUCUACAGUGUUCCUAUCUGAGACCACAGAAAGCCCUGCAACUCUAAACGCACCUAAGAAGGUCAACGAGACAGACAAAAGUGGAACCUCAGGAAGCAGCUCAGAAAGAGGUUUGGCAGCAGAUUACAACAACAGUAAAAGACAGGGAGCGUGGGGGGCUAUACUGGGAACAGCGGUGGCUGUGACAGCAGUGGGACUGGUGGCCUACAUAAUCCUGAAAAAGAAACAGCAGAAGGGUUUCUCUCACAGGAAACUGGUUGAAGAAUAUCCUGCAGACCCAGUUCUCAGAUUAGACAACAGUGGACCUUUGGACUUGACCUUUGGUGGUUUGGCCUAUUACAACCCAGCACUCCAAGGGGACGACAUCCAAAUGACCAACUUCCCAGAACGCCGACAGAACUGAAAAGACACCCAAGACCAAAGUCAUGAACUCCCUGACACUUAUUGGCUCUUGAUAGACAUCCCAUAAUGUGGAUUUUUGUAAAUAAGACUGUCUGAAAGUGACAUUUGUGGAUGGAAAUCACAAAGGAUUUUGUAAAGGUCUGUUGUCAGCCACUACAAAUGAACUCAUCUUAGAUUAUGCAUUGUGUUUAUUGCAUUGAAAUAGAGGGAUCACUGAAGGUAAUCUAUCUGAACUACACUGCAACAGCCAAAAUUAACCAGCCAUUUAUGUAUGUUGCCAAAUAGGAAUCAAAUGAAGAUUUUACUAAUGAAUAUGUUUUGCAGUCAAUGAAGAUUGUUAAAAAAUAAUAUGUCAUAACUUGGUUUCAUUUUUUAUUUUUUGUGUGCAUGAAUAGGAGCCACAAAAAGCUGUUUAAGACAAGCAAAACAAACACAUUAGCAUAUAAUCAGAUCAGCUAAAGAGAAGAAACCAGAAUGUGACUUCUGCUGAAGCAAAACAAAAGUGCUUGAAGCUUUUGCAACAAAAUUCAGAAGCCAUGGUGAACAAUAGCAUUAUACAUGUCAACAAUAACCUGCUGUUGUGGUAUAAGAAAGGCAAUAAGAAGUUAAAUUUGAACAGCGCUGUCUGAUAUCCUACAACUGGCAGUCACAGCCAGACUAAGAAUUGAACCGUCAAACCAAAGAUUUGAGUUUAUUUUUCUACACCAGUGAGGAAGGUGGUGGGAGGCUGGGUACUGUUUUGUUAUUCAUAGACUGCAGUUUUGGUAUUCAGGAAGGGAGUUGUGUAUUUGGUCUUAGCACUACUCAGUAGCAUCAACUAUAUCAUCAUAUUAUUCUGCUUAAAUCUUCCGACCUCCAGGUGUCCAAACAGAGAUUUGAGUUUCUUGUAGUGACAGUGUGCUCCCGGGAGAGUUACAUAGCAUUUAUCUGCUGCAUACCUAGAGCAAAAGUAGAACAUAACUAAUGCUGAAUUUAAAAAAAAAAAAAAUAUAACACUUUGUUAUGCUUUUAAGUUUUCUUUAAACUUAGAGUGACAACCUUUAGCAAGAACAGUGUCUCUUUUUUAAACUAAGACAAUGUGGUUGGGCAAGGAGGGAAUAGUCAGGGAUUAACUACACGCUCGUUCUUUUAUCUAAUUCUUUUGUACGAUAACAUCUAACAAUAUUUCAUAUUUGUUCGUUUCUUAGAUUUGUUUCUUUUCUAUGUUAUAUAUAAAAAACAACAUACUUUUAUAACUGUAAAUGUGAAAAAAAUAUAAAAUAAAAUCAUCCAGAACAUGCAUUUUUCAGCUCUCUCGAUCCUUUUAGUCAUCAUUACCUGAGUGAAUCCAGUCCUGAUUUUGAUUGAUAUGUGCAGGUCUGCUUCCUUCCUCACUCUAAUUUCCCACAUCAAUCAGAAGCAUUUUGUCAAAGAGUGAGGAGU